AUGACAACCAAUGUAGACGAAAACAGGGGAGACGCUCGUGGAGCUGCACUCUUGUUGGAGGGAGUCACAGUGUAUCGCGGUCCAGCCGAGAUUCUUAGAAACAUCGACUGGCGCGUGGAACCACGAACUAAGUGGGCUCUAGUUGGUGCAAAUGGAGCCGGAAAAUCAACACUUUUAAAAGCCCUUGUUGGGGAAGUGGAUUCGCGUGGAAAAAUUGUGAUCGGAAACAAGGAACAAGUGGGGUACUUACAGCAGACAGCUGUUGCUGGAAGCAAUGGCACCGUCUUUGAAGAGGCCUCAUCUGGAAUGCGCGAACUGAAUACGGCUAAACAAGCAAUGGAAAAAUCUCAAGAAGUGGGUGAUUUACAAGCCUUAGAGAGGGCAACGACAAGAUUUGAACUCAUCGAUGGCUACAAACAAGAGCAGAAAGUUGCCAGUGUUUUGAAAGGUCUGGGGUUUACAAACUUUGAAAUGCGUUGCCACGAGCUGUCCGGUGGAUGGCAGAUGAGAGUAGCUUUCGCACGAUUGCUUCUCAGUGAGCCAACUCUUUGCCUGAUGGACGAACCCUCCAAUCAUUUAGAUGCGGCUGCCAAGAAAUGGCUUGCAAAGUAUCUUGCUACGUACGAUGGAGAUGGAGCCAUGAUUCUAGUCACCCAUGAUGUGGACCUACUUAAAUCUAUGGAUCAUAUUGCUGAGGUUGUACCUGGAGCAGGAAGCUUACAGAUUUACAAGUCGUGCAAUUACAACCAGUACUUGGAUUUGAAAGAGCAACGGGCAGCUGCCGCAAUUUCUCAGUAUGAACGAAGUACGGAAAAAGCUGCCAAGCUACAAGCUUUUGUGGACCGCUUCGGUGCUUCGGCAACGAAAGCUUCAGCCGCACAAUCCCGUGUCAAGAUGCUUGAGAAAAUGAAGCGAGACGGAUUGCUGAAUGCACCAGCGGACGAUAUCAUUGCACAACGCUUCAAGCCUUCGUUAAUACUCCCGGAUCCUCCCCGAGCCAUUGGUGAAAAGUUGAUCUCUCUGCAAAAAGCUGGUGUGGGCUAUGAUGGAGAGGUGCUUGUAUCAGAUAUCAACAUUGAUAUAAUGAAAGGUAUGAAACUUUUAAUUCGUGGGCCGAACGGAGCUGGAAAGUCGACGGUGAUGCAUUCCCUUCGUGGCUCAAUUUCAUUGAUAGAUGGUGACAGAAGUACAAACCCCGACUUGCGGCUCGGGGUGUUCACCCAGGAUUUAGCUCAAGAGCUUGACCCCAGUGCCCGGGCUGUCGACUUAGUCACAGCGUAUGCUCGUACAGGGCUGGAUGGAGAUAUUACUGUCUCGGAACAAGAGGCACGGGCGGCGAUGGGUAGACUGGGUCUACAGGGCGAAAAGGCUUUACGUCACAUUUGCGAUUUGAGCGGUGGAGAAAAGGCACGUGUAGCUUUGGCGAUGUUCGCUUUGAAGGCUAGCAAUGUUUACUUACUGGACGAGGCGUCUAACCAUCUCGACUCAGAAUGCGUUGAAGCCCUUGGUGAAGGGCUCGGAUCCUGGGGCCACGACACUGGCGCAAUGGUCGUAAUUUCUCAUGACAAGUCGUUU